AUGAGGACGAAUAGGGAAUUCAGAAGGAAGAAGAGAAACGAACAGGAUGAUACGGGGACAACGGAAGUUACCUCAAGGGAGGACACUCUUCCAGCGGAAAACAGUCUUCCAGCGGAGAAACGUAUCUCAGAGUCAGCGGGGGACACCUCGAAGCCCCAGUCUGUGGAAAUCAUGUGGCCGGCCUUUGACCAUCCGGCAACAACUUCAAGGCCAACAAAAGUCUUCUUCCUCCACAAUCGGGUUUACUGCGAUUGCUCGGAAUACUUCAGCACCUCCCUCAGCCCACGUAAUCGCGAUGUCUUCGUUGAGGCCCAAACAGGCCACGUUGUCUUCAACGGCAACUAUGAUGACGACGAUGACGACGAUGACGACGACGACGAACCAGACGACUUUUACCGCUGGGCCGUCUGGCUCUAUGUUUUCAGUGGCUGCAAGCUCUCUCCUGUUUACGAGUUCCAGCACGAUCACCGGUGUAGGCCUUCGAGGCCGAAGUCCGGUAGGACUGCCUCGGGGUCCUCGAAGUCGGCUACUGGGGCCGGGAAAUAUGGGGCCGGGGAAUACCUCUACGUCUCCCAUAAACCCUACGGAUUGCCCCAGCCCCCUCUUUGCAAGUCCCUCUCCAAUCGCAUCGCAGAAGAAGGAGAAGGAGAAGGAGACUAUACCCGCUAUGGCGACCUCGAGGAUGAAAGAAGACGCCGCAACUGCUACGGAAAUGGGGGAAAUUUGUCGUCAAAGAGUACGGGCAACCCCAACGCGCCCCUAGAAGCAGCAGCCACUUACAAGUUCGGAUACCGCCUUCUGUCGCGAGAGUACUGGCUAUUUGCUCUCGCCCACUUCAUUCAGCACCUGGCCCCAGCCCUCAUACUUGUCUUUGCCGCGGACAGCUUAACUCAAGAUAAGCAUUAUCCGAUUGAGCUCCAUGGCAAAAUUAUCGAAAUAGUUUGCCGUUCAGGCGCCUUUAGUGGCGUGGUACCGGUACCUGAGGUGGGAAUGGUUAACAGGGUUGACGAUGCUGCUCGAAAUACCAAAAGCGUGCCGGUAAUCUCUGUGGGUUAA